AGCAACCCUAGCGGUGUGCGUGGUCGUGGUGGCCAAGAUAGUCAUCAUUCUCAAAUAUCUCAGGGAGCAUGGGCCACCGUCAAUAGAAUUUAACAAUGCGCUGCCGUCAAUACAUUUUAACAAUAGGCCAGAUGCAGCAGCCACACCACCAAUGACAACGGUGGAGAAGUUUCUCAAUGGCAUUGCUCGAGAGAAGCCUAUCAGGUUUUCACCUCAGGAUAUAGCUCGUUUCACCCAUAAUUACUCCAAAAGGUUGGGCUCGGGCGGCUUUGGAGUAGUUUACAAGGGAGAACUCCCGAAUGGCACCGUGCCCGUGGCUGUGAAGGUCCUUACAGGAAGUUUGAACAAGACAGUUGAAGAGCAGUUCAUGGCUGAAGUGGGGACAAUUGGGAGAACAUAUCACGUCAAUCUGGUGAGGCUUUAUGGCUUCUGCUUCCAUGCCACAGUGAGAGCUCUCGUCUAUGAGUACAUGGAGAAUGGUUCUCUUGACAAGUACUUGUUCCAUAAAGAUCGCAAGAUCGAAUGGGGGACACUGCAUAAGAUUGCAAUUGGAACAGCUAAAGGAAUCCGAUACCUGCAUGAGGAAUGCCAGCAGAUGAUAAUUCACUACGACAUAAAGCCUGCAAACAUCCUCCUUGAUGCAGACUUCAGUCCCAAGGUAGCCGACUUUGGCCUAGCUAAGCUGUUAAGCAGGAGAAACACUCAUGUGAGCAUCACAAGAGGAAGAGGGACUCCAGGAUAUGCUGCACCGGAGAUGUGGAUGCCCGCUCCGGUCACAUACAAGUGCGACGUUUAUAGUUUCGGCAUGCUGUUGUUUGAGAUAGUUGGGAGGAGAAGGCAUUUCGACGAGAGCCUAGGCCAAAGCCAGAGAUGGUUCCCCAGAUGGGUGUGGGAGAAAUUUGAGACUGCGCAGCUAGGGGGGGUGGCAUCUGUUUGUGGAAUAAGGGAAGAGGACCGAGAGAAGGCAGAGAGAAUGUGUAAGGUGGCCUUGUGGUGUGUUCAGUAUCAGCCAGAAGAAAGGCCUCCUAUGAGCAAGGUGGUCAAGAUGCUGGAGGGAGAGAUGGAAAUCGCCCCACCAUUGAAUCCAUUCCAGCAUUUGCUCACAUCUGGGGCAGCUAUUGCUAACUGGAGUGACAGCGGCACGGGCUCAACAGCAACUGCACCAGCAUGGCAUGAAAGUCCAAAUGAAGAUUCUAUGCCUCCGUUGAGGAUGCAUGAAAUAGAGCUGGUUAGUUCGUCAUGAAUUGUUGUGCGUCUUUUCCAUGUCUUUAUAAAAGGCACAGUAAUUUCCACCUUAAAAAUGAUUGAGAUGAAAUUUUCUUCUUUUUUUUUUUUUGAUGAACAGAAGGAUAAACCUCCAAUAUUUAUUUAUAGAUAUAUAGUUUAGUUACAGAG